GAAUGUGAAAGUGAGAGCAAAACGUUAUUAGCACACAAGUCCAGACCAAUUCGUUUCCUUGGGAUAUUAUUUAUUAAUUUCUCCGUCGAAUUCCAAACAAAUAGCCUUUUAUUUUUCUGAUUAUCCAAUCCAUUCUGUUGCUCGCUCACAUUUGACUUUACCAUGGCGGUUUCAAUUUCAGCCUCCUCCACCAUAACCCUCUCUUCUUUGAACUCUUGCACUCGUGUGGGAGCUUCGUCUUCUUCGCUGCAACUCCAAUUUCCUCUUCGAACUCGCUUUCUUCCAAUUGGUACUCGCCGUCUCCCCGCUUCCUCCCGCCCUAGAUUCCUGGUUCAAGCAAAGAAACAAACAUUUUCCUCCUUUGAUGAUUUGCUUGCUAACUCUGAGAAGCCUGUAUUUGUUGACUUCUAUGCAACCUGGUGCGGUCCUUGUCAAUUCAUGGUUCCCGUACUCGAGGAAGUAAGCACGCGGCUUAGUGAUCUGAUACAAGUAGUUAAGAUUGAUACUGAGAAGUAUCCCAGCAUUGCUACUAAAUACAAAAUUGAGGCAUUGCCAACUUUCAUCAUCUUUAAGGAUGGAGAACCUUUUGAUCGCUUUGAGGGAGCAUUAACCGCGGAUAAGCUAAUUGAACGCAUAGAAACCAGUCUCAAAGUUAAGCAAUAACGCUGUUAAAAUGAUGAUAUGUAAGUUUGUCUAUUGGCGUGGUGGAUGAUAUACAUGAUUGGAUAAGAGGAUCAAACUGCUGCUUCAACUUCAUUCAGACAUUUUUCUGUAUUUAUCACAUUUUUUAUGCCAAGAUCCAGGCCAAGGAAAAUUAGAUCGUUUAAUUAGCAGUAGCUUAGCAAUUUAAAAAAAUUCACAAGUAAACUUGGUUAGUUUGCGUGUUCUUCAAUAUUUGUUUUCCUUCAUCGAAUUCAUGAAUGUCUUAAUUAAUUAGUUUUUUUUUAA